AUGUCUGCGAUUAUCAAUGCUUUGUUCGGCUCAUUCUCGUCGGCAGAAGAGCAGAGUCCUAUGACAAAUACAAGUGGAGCCGUCACUGAAAAUAUCCAAACAUCAGUUGUAGCCGAUAAUGUUCAAGUCAAUUCGGUCAUCUCAUCCGAUACUCAAGCAAAUGCAAGUAUUAAUACAAACACAAAUAUGGAAAAUUUAUUAUCACAAAUAAAUACAACACAUGCACAAGUGGAUGAAUAUUCCAGAACUCGUGUUGCAGAAAUCAACGAACAGGUUCGAAACUCAAUUGCAGACGUUCUUAAAAAUACGCAACGUCAUCAAGAAGAAUUAUUGACUUUUGCUAAUCAACGCCAUUUGAUUAUUGAUAAUGAAUAUAAAGUUCAAUUAAAACGAGCUGUACAAGCAUUAGAUGCUGUGAAAGCGAAAACAUUAGCUGAUCUAGAACGUGAUUUACAAGUCAGACAGCAAAAGAUUCUGAAUGAAGCAAAGAAACAGAUCGAUCUUCUGAAUAAUCAAGCGAAUGCGGAUAAGCUAAAUGUUUUAAUUGAAACACAACUACAAAAUAAAGAAAAUAUUCAGAAUCUUACCGAUCAAGUUCUUGAAUUGAAUCAACAACAAACUCAGCAUUUACUCGAAUCAACGACAACAACAAUUAUUACUUCUCACGCACAAGCAACAACACCACCAAUCAAUCCUAUUGUUGCUGCUGCUGCUAACGUCACGCUCAGCAGCAGUGCAAUUGAUUCGAUCAUGGCGAAAGCAAGCGAAAAGAAUCAGAAUAAGAUACCUCCAGUUCAAUCUAUCCCGACUGCCGUGACAAAUACGCCAGCUAAUAUUAAUCCUAUUGUUAUUGCUGCUAACGUGACACUCAGUAGCAGCGCAAUUGAUUCUGUUAUAGCCAAAGCCGGUGUAAAAAAGGAGCAGAAAACCAGCGAGGUAAAUACGGUCAAUCACAUAGCUACUGCUGCUAAUGUUGCGCUUAACAGCAAUAUCAUCGAAUCUAUUGUUAACAACGCACGUGAGCGAAGUAAAAAGCCGGUUGCCGAACCAAUCAAUUGA